AUGCUGGAAGCUGUGGAUAGUGGAGGAAUCAUGAGCAAGAUUGUUGGAUGUGAUGAUCACAGCUCAGCUAUACGAAUAGCCUUCUACAAUACACUUUUCAUCUUCUUGAUGGGAUUGAGCUUAUGCGGAUUAGUUGCCAUGUAUAACAUGCUUUAUAUGUUUUUGUCCCCCAUGAUGUGGGCUGUUCUAGUAGGCACUGUACUUUUUCCUUUCAAAAAGAAAGUUACGGAUGUUAUCAAAGGAUGGUUGUGUCAUUUACAAGACACCGAUACAUCUCUCAUAAUCGGAGUUAUUCGUCUCCCGUUCAACAUAUUCAACAAUAUUUCUGAAACUAUUUUUAAUGUGAUUGUUAGUCAUCAUGGUCUUGCUAUCGGAGCUUCUUAUUUGCUCCUCAAAGUAUUAAGUUAUGAAAGAACUUUCAUGCAAAUCAUUAGUUGGUUGGGACGUCUUUAUGAGUUUGUUGAUUCAGUAGUUCUUAUCUUUACGAGGAACUGGGUGUUCCCUAUUCUUGUUCUCUACUUCGGUAUUUAUGCCGCAUGGAUUUAUCUGCAAGAUACACAUAUUAAUAAAAAAUUAGCCAGAACCCUCUCUCUACCGAUAUGGGUUUAUUUACUUUCCCAACUCGCCAUGUUCUUCGGGCCUUUCAGAGCUGCAGUCUUUGGAGCCUCCGGACUCAUACUAGCAUUGAUAUCUGCUGGUAUUGUGAGAAGUGAUGAUAGUGGGGAAGAAAUAUCUGUGCGAAAACAUGAAAACGAGUCUAACUCAACCGAUGAUGAAGAUAAUUCUAAUAUUGAGCAUAAGCCAAUAUACGCGGAUGAUGAUUCGCAGGAUAGAUCCAUCGCGGAGCCCGCAGCAGUAAACUGCUCAGUUAGCGAAAGCUUAGAUAGUGCUCUUUCUGGAGACUACCUUAUUCGAGCGAUAGUUGGUUUAUGCGCCCUUCUAUGGGUUGUUCGUCAUGACUAUGCCUUGCUAUUACUUUUCAUCCCAUUUGCUUUUGCUGCCAUCAAAAAGUUUGCUUUCUCACUAGGUAUCAUUUCUUCUGCUCAAAGCUGCAUAGAAUCUCUAUGGCAAAGGAUAUCUCCUUAUGUCAUGAAAAUUGUGAAUAUCACAGUGGCUGGACCACUUCGUCAAUUUGUAACCGUUGUAUUCACAUCGGAUAAGAUUUUGAUUACCACUUUGCACGAUGCUAUGGAUGUGUUGUCUUCUGUUGUUGUGAUGAUGCUUUUGGCUCUCUCUGCGAUGUUUGCUUUGUUCUUCGUGGGAUUCCAAUUACAUGGGGAAACCGUUCAUCUAGUUAGAUUGACAACUAAUGUUCUUUCCUCUCGUCCUGAUUGGUUGGCAGCUGCUAUGAAUUUCACCGAAGAUAAAUUGGAAGAUCAUAACAUUGACAUAGAUAACUAUGUUGAACAAGCGUAUCAACAAGGUAGAGCCUGGUUAGGAUCUCAAGUUAGAUCCCUCGCGGAUGCGAAGGAUCCUGAAAGAGCUAACGUUUUAGAAGCUCAAGUUCAACAGAUUGUGGACAAUCUAUAUAGAAUGUGGGAAGAACGAGAUAAUACUUCGCCAGAUACUACGGCCGUAGCGAAAGCAGACUGGUUUACUCAGUUGAAAGGAGUAACUGACUUGCAAGCUUUGAAAGAAGAGUUGACAGCAAUCAUCAAAGAAAAUUUGGAUACGCUAAUAGGAGUAGCCAAGUCAUUAUGGGAUGUCAUCCUGUCCAAUCUCACUUUCCUUUCUUCCGUUUUGGCGGCUUUCGCUGGCGUAAUUCUGAGUUUUGGAAUGGAAAUUAUCAACUUCUUAAUAGAAGUGAUCGUUUUCCUCACGAUGGUGUAUUAUCUCCUCUCAGCUUCUAAUGAACGGUGGUUACCGUUGGAAUGGGCUUCUAGAGUAACAUCAGCAGCACCAACUACAAAUUCGGGAUAUGAUGUGACAUCAGCUGUGGAACAAGCUAUUUUUGGAGUAUUCGUUCUCUCAUCGAAAAUGGCAGUUUUCUAUGGAUUCUAUACCUUCUUCGUACAUAGUCUCUUCGAUCUUAACAUCGUCUUCAUUCCCUCAAUGAUGGCUGCUGUCUUCGCUGCCAUCCCCAUAAUGGCUCCAUAUUUUGUUUCCGUUUUUGGAAUUUUCGAACUCUGGCUUGUUCGAGGUGAAUCAGCAGCAGCUCUAGUUUUCGGGCUCAUGUCAUUCGCCCCUUUGAUGUUUGCUGAUGCCACUUUCUAUAGAGAAAUGAAGUCCUCACAUCCAUAUGUUACCGGUCUCGCAAUCAUUGGUGGCAUCUAUUGGCUUGGGUUGCAGGGUGCUAUCAUUGGUCCCAUAAUUCUUUGUUCUUUCCUAGUUUUAGUGAAUGUUUAUCUACAAUUUGUGGAGCCCCAAGGAGCACACAAAGAUUUGUCAAAGAAAGACAAUUAG